AUGUCCGCAAUACCUCGGGCCCGCCCUCCGCAGCGCUCUAACACCACCAUUCCCUCUUCGAUACCGACGAGAUCGUCUAGUACACGAGAGCCGUCAGUAACUCGAAACGCCUCACCGACCCGUCUGCCCAGCUUCAAAUAUGGUGCCCGAGCCGCCUCGAUUGCGUCUAGCUCUAGCAGCUCGACGAACAGCUUGAAGAACACCUCUGCCACCACCACCAAUGCCAGCAGUGGUAUUCCCAAGGCACCUACGGCAACGGGCAUACCUGGACGGCUGACGAGAUCAAUGACCCUGGCAACGAAAGAAGUCACUGCAAGAAAAGAACGGGCUGCGUCAACCACCAAGUAUCCGCCCUCGACUACCAUGACUAGGCCAUCUCUUCAAGCGAGAGGGAGGUCUACGAGCAUAUCAAUGCCGGGGAAGCCAAAGGAGCUUGAGAGAAGGCCAACGGGGAUUGCAUUUGCCAGAAUCUCGGCCACCAAUCUUGCUGGGCCGGUGGUAUCGAAGCCGCCUAACCCUUCGAGGUCGAGAGAUGCAAUUCGACGGCCUGCAACGCCUACAGCCCCGGUAGGUGCACCAUCAACAUCUCGGAGGUCAGCUACGCCAACUGCGUUGACUCGGGCCAAUACAUUCUCGGCUCCUGGGAGACCAGUCACACCUACAGCGGCACCGAAGGCGAGGACGCCGCCUUCUUCUUCGAGUAGAGCGAGGACACCUCCCAUGGGACUGACCCGAGCGGCCACAUUCUCGGCCUCUACUCGAUCUACCAGCACUUCUGCGACCUCUGCAACUCGACCCGGGCCUCGGUCUAUUGCUCGAUCUGUGACCCCGACCCCUACCCCGAUCAAUGCCAGAGGGGGAAACUCAGCGGCUAGUAGCCGAGCUGUGAGUCCUACGGGACAACAAAGAACGUUGCAACGCAGAGCUCCUUCGACAGAAAAGUUACCAGCUCGUAAGCCGUCAUUGACAACAAUCACUGCCCGAGGGGGUAAUUCCGCAGCUAGUAGCCGAGCUGUGACUCCUACGGGACAACCAAGGACACUGGAACGCAGAGCCCCUUCGGCAGAAAAGUUACCGGCUCGCAAAGUAUCAUUGGCAACGAUCAGCAGAGUGGUAUCUAGACUUUCUAAGCCCUCCUCUGCCGGCACGCUGCUAUCACAAGCCGAAGCAUCGCUGAAGCCUCGGACUUCAGCUUCUUCUCUGCAGAGAGCAGGCUCACCAGGCAAAUCAUUGGCACCUAAACCAUCUACAUCACAUUUGGCUCCACCGUCGCCCUCCAAGCUGCCGUCAAACAUCGCUGCAUCGGCCGAAGUCAGCAAGCUCCAGGCAGAGCUGCUGCAGCUGUAUCUACUGCACCGGGAGGCGCCAGUCGUAGAAGCCGAAUGGAGAGCGAGUGCCAAGCAAAAGCUGGGAGACCGAUUCACAAAGCUGAGUGAGGAGAGCAGAGAUGUCUCCGAACAGGAGAGCGCGGCUCAAGAGAAGAAGAAUGUGCUGGCACUUAGAAGAUGGGGCAGUGGUGGCAGACUGGAUGAAAAGAUUCAGUCUCUGGAAUUCAUCAUCACCAAUGUGUGGUCUCUGAGUGACCCAAGCGGUCGGUAUGCCCAGCUGGUGCGGCACUUUGAAAGAUGGAUCGGCGGAGUGAGUGACAUGGAGGAGGCGAGGAGAAAUGGCGCCAUGCUUGCCCAGGGAAACAAUGAUUUAUUUAUCGAAGAUUUGGAUUCCCAAUGGAAGGAGGAGCGCGAAGAACUCAUCGGCCAACUCGAUGGGUGGAAGCAGCAGCUCAGCGACAUUAACGACCUAACCUUGGACGAAUUCUACGCUGAACCACCAGACGAAGGCGAAAAGUCUAGCUUGGAGAAGAUGCUGGACGGAUCACGCGCCUUGAUUGACAAUAUGCUGGCGGAGCUGAAAAUCAUGGAGGUAGUUGAGCAUGAGGCGCUUUUAAGAGAAGAUGAGUGGAUUGGGAGGAUGAAUAAGAUUGAUGCGGAUAAUGACUUUGAGAUUCCGCGUACGGUAGGUGCUUGGAAAGAAUUGUAA